AUGGAAUCAAAAACAGUUCAGAUGAUAUUUGUGGCUCUCAGCGCCGUCGGGCUGAUUGGAGUCAUCAUCUGCUGCGCCCUGCCUGAGUGGUUUGUGGGACAUCCUGGUGAUGAGGAAGUUCACCAUGGUCUGUGGAAGUGGUGUGAAAACCACAGAACUAGACCGCAGGUGUGCAUAACGCAUGAGGACUCCAGGUUAAUCCUUGAAUUUCAGAUCUUCAGGGCUUUGACCGUCAUCAGCUGCAUCCUCUGUGGUAUCAGCUUCCUCCUCCUGAUCUUUGGUUCCGACUUCACCACAUGUGUUCAGAACCAAGACACCAAACCCAAAAUUAUCCUGGCAGCCGGACUGGACCUGAUACUGGCCGGCUUGCUGGUGAUCAUUCCUGUCAGCUGGUUUGCAAAUAAUAUUAGAAAUGGACCAGAGGGAACGAUGCUGGGAGCGAGCAUCUAUAUCGGCUUUAUAGCUGGUUUGAUGUUGAUGCUGAUUGGAGGUCUGCUCUGCUACUUAAUCAGAUCCAGCAGCUUUGGAGGAACCGUCAGCUUCUUCAGCAACAGAGCUUAA